CCGAAGAAGAAGAAGAGUCCGGAAACAAACGGUUCGGCGGGAUCUUAAACUGGAGCAGAUGAUUUUAGGAAAAGUUGGUUCAUUUUUGUGUAAAACUCUGAAUUUUGAUCAGAUUGAAGAUUAACGGCGGGUUUUUACCGACGGACAACGGACACUUUACGCCGGUAGAAGGACGUUUACGGAGAUGUCUCGGUGGGAUUUGUGUCUGUUCUCGGUGACGCCUUCGGCCAGUCUCCUGUCCAGGUGCGUGUCCAGAGGAGCAGUGUCUCAGGAGGACAUAGACUCCACCUCCUCUAAUGGAAGCCCCGCUUUCUCCCCACACCUGUACAGGGCUGAAGAACGAACCAGAACACAGAGGAAGCUGGAGGAGCUGCAGCUGCAGAUGGAGAUGCUGAGGGCGGAGAAAUGGAGCGCAGACGUCACCCACCAUGUUCACCUGGCUGGUCGGUUCCAGUCUUUGCAGAUGUUCUGUGUUCAUCUCCAGGAUCUGCUGAAGGAACAGAACAACCUGAGACAAAAACUGAUGAAACCACUGGGACACACACACCUGCCUGUGCACGCCCACCUGCACAGGUCCCUGGUGGACACUCUGCAGUCCCUCCUGUCUUUCAUGGACACCCUUGAGGACACGCUGAACUCUGUCCGGAAUAUUCCCACUGCCAGCGAACGCCUCACUCAGCUGGACUCGUCUCUGGUCCAGAUCCUGGCCCAGGUGGCCCGGGUGGAGAACCUGACCAAUCAGGUUCUCCAGUGGAAGGAAGUCCGCAGCAGCGUGUUGAGUGACAGCUCCGCCUGACCACCCCUGACCCCUGGCCCCAGGAGACGGACUGAGUGUCCUCUCUGACAUGGACUCAUUCAAUAAAAGACCAGGACCAGGUUCAGGGUUUGAUUCGGGUCUCUAUGUGGAUCAAAGGGGUUUUUCUGUGGAAAGUCCAGAUUCUGAGACCAGGACCAUCAUAUCCACAUCAGACCUGCAUCAGGUCCACAUCAGACCCACAUCAGAUCCACAUCAGAGCCGCAUCAGAUCCACAUCAGACCCGCAUCAGAUCCACAGUGUUGAUAGAAUAGACCUUGUUCUUUCCAUAGACAUCUGAGCAUGCUCAGUUCAAGCUCCGCCCCCUGUGGAAUGGGGCGGGGGGCUCAAACACAGAGCAGUGAGUG